AGCAGGUUCAAUCAGAUGGAAACCGUUCUCCUCCGCACACAACUGAUGCUUUGUAGCGAUGCAUCCAAGGGCAUGGUUUUUAUGACGACAUGGUGGGUGUGUUCUUAGCUGACAAUUAGUGUUUGGUUUCACAUUAUAUUCGUUCAGUCAACAUGCGUUCCUCCCACAACUGUGUAUCCGGAGACCACCAUUCUUUUUUUGCGUAAAUAGAGUUGUAUUAUAGUACCAGUGUGCAGCAACAAAAUUGACCGCAUAACAUAUUUGAUUAUUACGCCAAGUGCAUGAACUGGGAUGUCUGCAACGGACUGGUACGCGCACAAAUCCAUCGGAGAAGGUCUGUACUGGAUCCAGGAGAAGUUUUUUGAUUCGUCAAACAGAGCAAAUAUUUGGCUCCUUAGAGGGUCUCAUCAAGAUGUAGUGAUAGACACAGGCUUGGGGUUGAGGAGUUUACCAGAUUACAUUAACACCAAAGGUCUGCUUGGAGACGACCCGCAGCGAAAGAACCCCAUUUUGGCGAUCGCCACCCACGCCCACUUCGACCACUCAGGUGGUCUGCAUCAGUUCGAACAGGUGGGAGUCCACAGUGCAGAGGUCGAUGCACUGGCCAACGGAGACAACUUCGAGACCGUUACGUGGCUGUCUGACAGAGAGAUAGUCCAGGCUCCCUGGCCAGGAUGGAGGGCCAGAGGAUACAGAGUCAAGGCUGUCCAACCAACACACAUACUACAAGAAGGUGAUGUCAUCAACCUGGGCGACAGGCAGCUGAAGGUGCUGCACAUGCCCGGCCACUCCCGGGGCAGCAUCUGCCUGCACGACCGGGACAACAAGAUGCUGUUCAGCGGGGACGUGGUCUAUGACGGAGCCAUGAUCGACUGGCUGCCCACCAGCCGUGUCAGCGACUACGUCAGUAGCUGUGAGCGCCUGGUGGGGCUGGUGGAUAGUGAGCAGGUGGACCAGGUAAUGCCUGGACACUAUCACACGUUUGGUGCGAAACGGCUCCACCACAUCGCCUCGGGGUACAUCGACAGAGCCGGCACCUGCCCGGCACGCUUCUCCACGUUUGCCUGGAGGACCUUGGCCGGAUUGGCGCUACGGGCGUCCAACACACAUGGCAUCUGCUAGCCACAUGGCAUCUGCUAGCCACAUGGCAUCUGCUAGCCACAUGGCAUCUGCUAGCCACAUGGCAUCUGCUAGCCACAUGGCAUCUGCUAGCCACAUGGCAUCUGCUAGCCACAUGGCACCCCCAGUUUGAAUCUUUUGCAGAGAUAGGUUGGGGGAUGUGAGGAAUAUAAUUCACCCCCUCAGUUAACAGGAUUUCCUUGUACUGUCUAUUAUAAACUGAUGUGAUCCAAAGUAUGUUAUUUUAAAUGAUUCAUCAAAAUGCCCCCAUUGAAUUACAUCAGGCAAUGAUUGACAGAAUAUUGAGAUUCCCAUUAUUACAGGAUUCAUUAAAGACUGGAAAAUAAACCUUGUUUAUUAUGUAAUAUUUAGAUAAAUAUUAAGUUGUGUGAUCGUUGGAAUGCUCUUUCCCAUGAGGCAGCCUCUCAUAUGACAGUGUUUCUUAACCCCAGUACCUCGGGCGUCCCCACAACUACUCAAGCUCUUGAUCAUUAGUUGAGUAGCUGAAUCAGGUGUGCUGUCGCUGGGCUAAAACAUAUUUAAGAAACCUUAGGGAGGCCUGCUUGGACUGGAGAUGAAUAACAUAGUUCCCUUAGGGGACACAAUGUGACAGCACAACACCUACACAGAGACAGACAGGCAGACCGACAGACAGACAGACCGACAGACCGACAGACAGACAGACCGACAGACCGACAGACCGACAGACCGACAGACACAGACCGACAGACCGAGACAGACCGACAGACAGACAGACAGACAGACAGACAGACAGACAGACAGACAGACAGACAGACAGACAGACAGAGGGCAUGACUCAUCAGUAUCUUUUAUAACAUUGUCCCAAGGCUAAGAGAGAGGGAGACAAGCCAGCUGGUGGAGGAGACCUAUAUAUUUUGUAACACUAGUCUCUGGCGGGCCAAGUUUUUUUUCGGGCCGCCUAUGACUAAAAUAAAUAUAUAUUUUUUGUCAGUGUUAUCUAAUAUUUAUUCAUUCCAUUAUUUUAUUUCUCGAUGUGUGUAUUGUUGUGAAUUGUUUUUAGAUACAACUGCACUGUUCGAGCUAGGAACACAAGCAUUUUCUCUACACCCGCAAUAACAUCUGCUAAAUAUGUGUAUGUGACCAAUACAACUUCUUUUAAUUUAAUUGACUUAAACCAGAUAUAAAGUAUGUAGAAAAGAUAAAUGGGCCUAUAUAUUUAUAAACAGGAUUAUAUUUGAGAACUAACAAUCACUGAAAUAAAAGCUAGACAGUCAGGGAGAAUAAAAAUAAUAAUUCAUGGAUUUUGUUUGAGUCACUCAGAUAGCAUAAACAUGGCAAAAUGUGUAGAAUUGUAGGACAUUUUCUUAAAAGAAAAAAGUCAGCCUCAUUGCAAAAUGUGUAGAAUUGUAGGACCAUUUUCUUAGAAAAAAAAGUCAGCCUCAUUGCAAAAUGUGUAGAAUUGCAGCAACCUUGCUUUAGAACAGCUACAUUUAGUCACUGGAGCCAACAGGAAGGCCUCUAAGUAUUUGUUAGUUCUCAAAGAUAAUAAAGUUCCUGUAAUUCUACACAUUUUGCAAUGAGGCUGACUUUUUUCUUUUAAGAAAAUGUCCUACAAUUCUACACAUUUUGCAAUGGUUUGUACCAUCUGAGUGACUCAAACAACAGAAUUCAUUAAAAAAAAAGAUUCUCCCUGACUGUCUAUCUUUUAUUUCAGUGAUUAAGUCAACAGCUGCACCAUUGGCCCUCCACCUAAACCCCAUUUGAAUCAAGAAAAAGCCCGCUCUAUAUAAUCCAUCACACUCGCAAUAUAAUAAAAAUGUUAGCACAUUCUUGAAAUGAGACAAACCAGUUACUGUGUGGUUUUCCUUUUACUUUCAACACUGUGAAAAUGGCAUUUUCAACAAGCACAAAUUCCUAUUGAAAGAUUCAUGUGACAGUUUGGCUUCUUCCCAAUUCUUUACCCUUUUCCCAAAGUGUGCACUUUUACACUCCACAUCAUAGAUUUAACAAUGGUGGAAAGUCUGUCUAGCAAAGGAUUUUACCAAUCCACAAUUAUUUUAAAUCCAUGACUGUUCAUGUGUGGAAGUGCACACUGGGAGACGGGUGGAGAAUCGCGACGCGGCCUUGGAUUCCGUGUGCAGAGAAUGAUCGUGAUAUCUAGGUCAAUGGCUCUUGGAGCACAUUCAGACUUCAACUCUAAAUGGGUGAAAUAUUAAUUCAGUCUCUAAACUAUAUAAAAACAAAAUAAUUUGGCAUGCACUCGUUUUAUUAUUUAUUUUGAAUAAAGUGUGUGGGCAUGUUCUGUAAAUAGAAUGGGUCUAUGUUGACAUGGGUUUUUGGUCAACUGACACAGAGUUAGUCAACAUUGACAAAAAGCACAUGAUGUUUGAUCGAGAGGGAUGUUUGAUCUAGAGUUUGUGGAUGGCUUUAAUCCUCAUGUCAUACUGACGUGACAUUUCUACUGGGAUUAUACGAUGUAUAUCAUUUUCACUAAAAAGGAGAGAUAUGACAGAAUAAAUCAUCCAAGGCUGUUUCUGAAUG